AUGGGGCGAAUUCCUUGUUGCGAGAAAGACAAUGUGAAGAGGGGACAAUGGACUCCGGAGGAAGACAACAAACUCUCCUCCUACAUUUCUCAACAUGGCACCCGAAACUGGCGCCUUAUCCCCAAGAAUGCUGGGCUCCAACGAUGUGGCAAAAGUUGCAGGCUUCGAUGGACCAACUACCUCCGCCCUGACCUUAAGCACGGGGACUUCUCCCCUGCUGAAGAGCAAACCAUCAUAAAACUCCAUGCAGUCGUUGGCAAUAGAUGGUCAUUGAUCGCAGCCCAACUCCCAGGACGAACAGACAACGAUGUUAAGAACUAUUGGAACACCAAGUUAAAGAAAAGGCUUUCAGGAAUGGGUAUUGACCCGGUGACCCAUAAACCUUUCUCUCAUCUUAUGGCAGAGAUCGCCACCACCUUGGCUCCACCACAGGUGGCUCACCUUACAGAAGCCGCAUUGGGUUGCUUCAAAGACGAGAUGCUCCAUCUUCUAACUAAGAAGCGAAUCGACUUCCAGCUCCAACCGACCCAUGUUGCCCCAUCACAUUCCAUUAACACCGUAGAAAAUAUGAAGAUGGGAUUUUCUAGCUUAGCUUUAAUAUCCACUUCUUCAACAUCUUCAUCUGAUCAUGAUUUUCAAGGUGGGGAAUGCAUCCAUAGGUUUCAUUAUGUGGACCCAACUACUUCAUUUGGAUCUGAGGGCGGAGUUGAUGGGUCUCCUUGGAACCAGAGCGUUGGAGACCCUUGUGAGGGGACAACACUAGUCAACCGUAGUAUGCAUGAGACGAAGCUUGAGCUUGAUCAUGAAGUGGAGAAAUUAGGAGUUGGGAGAAUUAAUAAUAAUAAAAAUGGUACUGGGUCUAGCAGCAUAUUUGGUUCUGAUAGUGAAACUCAAAUCGAAGAAGAAGACGAUUACUGCGAAAAAGACCACCGAGAAAAAGACCACCGUAAAGACCACUACGAAAGAGACAACUACCGCGAAGAAGACAACUACCGCGAAGAAGACUUAACAGUUGAAGCUGGUGGAUAUGAUAAUCUGACUUUUGAUGAGAGAAGCUGUAGAAACUAUAUUUUAGAAGUUGUGCGGUUGCGGUUAAGAAAUGGUGAUGCUGAAGCGCUAUGUCGGGCUACUUAUGAGUUCUUCUCGAAUGUCAUCACAUUUGUCACAACAUAUUUGACAAACUGUUAUGAUAUGCCUUUUGCUCCUUUUGUCGGGGUUAAUUAUCAUGGACAAUCAAUUUUGCUAGGAUUUGGCUUGCUAUCCAGUGAGGAUUCGGAGUCAUUUAUCUAG